AUGAAUGCAGAUGAAACGGUAGCUUCUUACGGAUCGCUUUUGGGCUUCGACAAGGAAGGCAAUGUGAUCUCACUGCAGAUGAUCGGUCGUCUGGAUGCAGCAGGGCUCAUGCCAUGCACUCGUAACUCAGACCUCUACCGUAUGCGAAUAGCUGAAAGCGAGGGUGUUAUGCAAAUCAUACGCAAGACUGGGGCUGACUUUACGCCGAAGAAAUAU